AUGGCAAUCGAUCCGAAAGAAGAGUUACGAUUCGAUGGCAGAGUGGCAAUCGUCACAGGAGCUGGAGCAGGCUGUGGUCGCGAAUAUGCCUUGCUACUGGCUAAACGCGGUGCAAAGGUAGUAGUCAACGACAUCUCUACAGAACGAGCCCAGCAGACCAGUGAUAUCAUCUCCAAGGCUGGUGGAGUAUCAACCCAGUGCAUCGCAAGCGUGGCCGACCCCGAAAACGCUCAAAAGAUUGUUGCGCAAGCAAUCAACGAGUUUGGCAGGAUCGAUAUUAUCGUCAACAAUGCGGGAAACUUCAUGUCGCGUGCUUGUGAUGAAUAUUCUAGGGAUGACUUUCCGUGGCCACAUUUCAAGAAUCAGCGCUACGGCCGCAUCAUCAUGGUCUCUUCCUCUGGCGUCCUUGGUCCCAUGCACAUGGCGGCCUAUGCUUGUGCCAAAGGCACUCUUUACGCUCUGUCGAAUUCGUUGGCUGUUGAAGGUGCUCAAUACGGCAUACAGUCCAACGCAAUAGCUCCUGGCGCUUUUACACCGAUGAUGGAGGGAACUAUCAGAGACGCUGAGAUGAUCAAGUGGUUGAGUUCAGCGAUGCCCGCAUGGGCCGUUGCACCAGUAGUGGUGUGGCUGUUGCAUGAAUCCUGCAAGACCACGGGCGAAUUCAUCUAUGCUCACGGGGCCAGCUUUGGCAGGUACUUCAUUGGAGAAACUCUUGGUGUUUGGACACAGCAGGGAAAAUACACUCCAGAAUUUGUACGAGAUCAUUUUAAGGAGGCAUCGGAAGAGGCUGGCUACAAUGUACUUCACUCGAUGAUGGAAGUCUCUGGCACUGCUAAUGGUCGUCUGAGAGGCGAGCUGAAGCCUAUGACUACCUAA